CCUUUCCUCCUUGCGGGAUUCACCAACUUUGACUCCUUCUUCUCCACCCCCCACCCCCCCUUGUCGUCGGAUCGUGUCUCUUGUUGUUGUUUUGUUGCUUUUGUUGAUCUCUCCUCCUUUCUCGAUUAUCUCUCCCCGGAUUCUUAGGAGUUUCAACUUCAAAUCCGUACAACGACCACCCCCGCUCAUACUGCUGCCAUCAUGGCGGACUACAAUUAUGGAGGCUCCGAGGAAGAAAAUGCGGAGUUGAGGAAGCUUGAAGUUGAAUUGCUCGAUGACCCCGAUAACUUCGAGACAUGGGAGAAACUUGUUCGCGCUGCCGAGGCUUUGGAGGGUGGCAUCAACCGCAACUCCAACCCCCAAGCUAUUACCACCGUCCGCAAUGUUUACGAUCGCUUCCUGGCCAAGUUCCCUCUGCUGUUCGGAUACUGGAAGAAGUAUGCCGACCUGGAAUUUUCCCUCACCGGAACCGAAGCUGCAGAUAUGGUCUAUGAGCGAGGUGUUGCUAGCAUCUCCCCCUCGGUCGAUCUCUGGACCAACUACUGCUCCUUCAAGGCCGAGACUUCUCACGACGCUGACGUGAUCCGAGAGCUUUUUGAACGUGGUGCGAGCAGUGUCGGCUUGGACUUCUUGGCCCACCCGUUCUGGGAUAAGUACAUCGAGUUCGAGGAACGUGUGGAGGCCGUUGACAAGAUCUUCGCCAUCCUGGGUCGGGUUAUCCACAUCCCCAUGCACCAGUAUGCUCGGUACUUCGAGCGGUAUAGACAAUUGGCGCAAGCUCGGCCCGUUGCCGAACUGGCAUCGCCCGAAACGCUGUCACAAUUCCGCGCGGAGCUCGACGCCGCUGCAGGUCAGAUUGCUCCCGGUGCAAAGGCCGAGGCUGAAGUUGAAAGAGAUCUCCGACUGCGCGUCGAUAGUCACCACCUUGAGAUUUUCUCCAAGACCCAGACCGAGACCACCAAGCGUUGGACUUACGAGUCGGAGAUCAAGCGUCCAUACUUCCAUGUUACUGAGCUGGAUGAAGGUCAGCUAUCGAACUGGAAGAAGUACUUGGAUUUCGAGGAGUCCGAGGGAUCUUAUGCUCGUAUUCAGUUCCUGUACGAGAGGUGUCUCGUGACUUGCGCUCACUACGAUGAAUUCUGGCAGCGUUAUGCCCGCUGGAUGGCCGCUCAGCCCGGCAAGGAUGAGGAAGUCCGCAUUAUCUACCAACGUGCAAGCUGCUUGUACGUGCCUAUUGCCAACCCGACAACGCGGCUGCAGUAUGCCUAUUUCGAGGAGAUGAGCGACCGCGUGGAUGUUGCCAAGGAAAUUCACGAGGCCAUCCUGAUUCAUCUGCCCAACCACGUGGAGACGAUAGUGUCUUUGGCCAACAUGUCGCGUCGCCACGGCGGACUUGAAGCUGCCAUUGAGGUGUACAAGACUCAGCUUGACUCGCCACAGUGUGACCUCGCCACAAAGGCGGCUCUCGUCGCGGAAUGGGCUCGCCUUCUGUGGAAGAUCAAGGGCUCGUCCGAAGAGGCUCGUCAAGUCUAUCAGAAGAACCAGCAAUACUACCUGGACAGCCGUCCGUUCUGGACGAGUUAUCUUCACUUCGAAAUCGAUCAGCCCACGAGUUCGACCUCCGAAACGGUCCAAUACGAGCGCAUCAAGCAAGUCGUCGAUGAAAUUCGGACCAAGAGUUCCCUUCCCGCUCAAGCAGUGCGAGAGCUUGUGCAAGUCUACAUGGUUUAUCUCCUGGAACGCGGCACCAAGGAUGCGGCGAAGGAGUACAUGACCCUUGACCGGGAGGUCCACGGGCCUGCCUCGGUUUCGCACAUGCAGGCUACUGAGGCGGCGGCAGCACCAGCCCCGGUGGCAGCCGCCCCGGUGACCCCAGCGACGGCGGAAGUAGUUGUUCCUACACCCCAAGCCAACCCUUAUGCUGGUUACUACCAGCAGGCGCCUGUCAACGGCGACGCGUGA